AUGACUGUACAACAAAAACAUAAGGGAAUGCUCAUUUCUGAUGAAGAGCCAGUAAAUUCACAUAUAUUUAGUAGUUUUUUUAAUAAAUUAAAUAGUGCCAUAUUUGACAAUAACAAUAAAAAUAACAACAAUAACAAUAGUAACAAUGACAAUAACAACGAUAGUAAUAAUGACAAUAAUAACAUACUAGAUGACUACAAAGAAAAUAAGGAUGUAGGAAACAACAUGGAGGAUUAUGAAAAUGUUGAAUAUACAAAACGAUUAAAGGAACAAAAAAAAAAUAGAGAUGAUGCAUAUAAAAAACUUGCAAAUGACCUUGAGUUGAGAAAAUUAAUAGAGAGAGCCCAAAUGAAACAUUCAAAUCUUAACCCCUCCAGUCUUGGCACAAACAAUCGUACUAAUCAAUAUCAUAGGAAUGAAAUGCUUAAUCACAAUAAACAAAGUGAAGGUAUAGAUAAUGGCCUUCAUUUAAUAAAGGGUGAACAAAAUGCCCUAGACAAUCAAGACAUAUAUAAUAACACAACCUAUAUAAACAAUCCAAAUAUUAAAGGUGGGAGAUCAUUACGUAAUAUAAAUAAAAAUAAUACUAAUUAUAAUAUAUCAGAUAUUGGAAAUCCAAAUGGUGAUCAUCAUCGACAAUUCAUAUCAUCUCAAGAAAAUAGGGGGACAAAAAGAAAAAACUCUGAAAAAAUAUCUAUAGAUAAAGAAAUUUUAAGUAGAUUCACUAAUAGUAAUCGAAAUAAUAAUCACAUUGAUACAAAUAAUAUGGGUCGUUAUAAUACCCGAAAUAAUAAUGAACAAGAUGAUAUAUAUUAUACAAAUCAAGAUGAAGAAGAAAAUGAUUUACAAAAUGAACAUAACAUAAAUCAAAAUGGUAUACAAGAUGAAUCUACUAUAAGAAAUCGACUAAAAAAUAAUACAAAAAAUAAUAUAAAAAUACAAGCACGUAAUUAUAUUAGAAAUCAAAGCAAAAAUAAUGAAUAUAUUAGCAAUUCAAAAGGGAAAUUUGAAAGAGAAGAAAAUUAUGAUGAAUAUGAAGAUGAAUAUAAUAAUAAUAAUGCAUAUGAUGAUAACAAUAAUGUAGCAAAUAAAAAUAGUGAUAUAUAUAAUACUAGGAGAUAUAAUAAUACUCGAAGAUAUAAUAAUAAUAAUAAUUAUAAUGAAGAAUAUGCUAAUUAUGUAAAAAAUGAAAAAAGUGAAAAUCGAAGAAGACAAGUAAAUUAUGAUGCAUAUAACAAUGAUGAUACUAUGUAUAACUAUGAUGCACAAUUUAUAAAUGAAAAUAUUGUUAGAAAUAAAAAUGGUGAAGUAAUCGGAAAUGGAAUACAUAAAAUGCCUAGUGUAUCCGUGAAAAAUAGAAAUGAUCAUGACCAUGUUGAAAAUUCAAAAUCAAAUGCAAAGCAAAAAGAAAAUAAAACUAAAAAAACAAAAAAAACACUUGCCAAAAAUAAUGCUAAUUCUACAAAUGUAACUAAAAAUAAAAAUAAUGCAAUCAAAAAUGCUAAUAUUUUACAAAAUGAAAGAAAACACGGCAUUCAUGAUCAUAAUGAUUAUUCAUCAAAUCCUAAACAUAGAGCUACUGCUGCUUCAAAUGCACAUCAUAAUACCAAUAGAGGUGGCAAUUAUUCAAAUAAUGAUAAUUAUUAUUCCAAUAAUUAUGGAACAAAUACCAGAAGCUCUAAUGCUAACCGUUUUAAUGAAAGAUACCCAGACCACGAUGAUGAUGCAGAUCAAAAAAAACGAAAAAAACGAGUCACAGAAGAGGGAUCAAAAGAGAGUAACAAAAUAAAUAUAGGAGAUAGCUAUCAAGUAUCCAAAUUGCCCAACUUUUUUUUGUGUCGAUCAGAAUUUAUGUACAAAAGUUAUGAACCAGUUGAAGAGACAAAUGCUGAGCCAUGCCUAACAUGCUCAGGAUUAUCAUGUCAUUGUAAAGCUGGUGGAGCAAUAUUAGUAUACUCACCUCUUAUAUUAGAAAGAAUAAGAGAAAAAUGUAUGAAAAAUAGAGGUUAUCACAAAUGUAUAAAAAAUGAAAUUGAAUUAUCAUCCUAUAUACAAGAAUGUGCAAAAAAUUGGAAAUCAAAUGUUGAUGAAUGGGUCCCAUUUUCACCUGAAUAUGCAUAUAAAUUAUUACAUUAUGCUAAUUAUGAUCCACAUAAAGCUAUAAGUAUUAUGAAAUCUUCAGAAUUUUCAUUUAGAAAAAUUAUGGACCCACCAACUAGAAAAUAUCAAAAUAAAUGGAAACCCAAAGAUAAAAGAGAAAAUAUAUCGAAAAACCCAUUCCCAUCACCCUUAACCAUAAGAACAUAUUUAUCUAAACGACAUCACAAUAGUGGAUAUCACCUUCGAUGA